AGCCGGGAGUUUCCGAAAUUCACACUCGGUGACUUCAACUGAACAAUGGUUAACAUGAGCUAUCAGCAACCUCAACAAAAAUACAUACAUACCCCGAGUCCAAGAGAGACCAAAAAACGACAUAAUAAACGAAAAAGGAAUUUCUGGGACACAAUUUUACCAUCGUCCCACAAUCACACUUGAUUAAGAAGAAACGCUUUAAGGUCUGCUGUGCUGGGUGUGGAAGCAUAUCGAAUCGUGUCUGUGCGUUAGCGGCUGAUUGGUGAGGAUGACUGCGGAGUGGCUGUACCCCCCUGGCGUGGGGCCGCUGUGUGGUGCAGAGUUGGAGGCGUGGUAUGAGGACCUGCAGGAUAUACUGGGCUCCGACGCAGGUGGGGCCAAGCACACACGUGCCCCGCCCUGCGCCGAGAAGGAGCCAGAGUUCCUGGACGUUCUGGAGAGCUGCUCCCUCACCUGGCUGACGGAGGGGCAGGUGUGGGGGGAGGGGGUGCAGCGUGUGAUGGAGGAGCAGCCGAUGCAGCUCCCCGGCCACCCCCCGGCCUCCUGCCUCAGCCCCCCGCCGCAGGAGGAGCGCUGCGGGGCGGCAGAAGCGGGGAGCUCCGGUGGCGGCGGAGACCUGCUGCCACCGGAGUUCUUCGAGCUGUUGAGCGAGGGUGGAGUUGGGCUGGUGGAAACCGGGGCAGUAAUGGUGACCGGCGGCUACCACCAUCACCACCAGCACCCCCCACACCCCCAACCCGCAUCUCCGGCUGCCAGCGAGGAAGACCUGCCCACCGUGCCCGACUCUUCGUCCUGUUCCCCGUCAUCUUCGGCCUCACAGUCGCCGUCCCUCAACUGCUCCCCUCCUUCCUCACCUCCUAGCCUCUCCCCACCAGCCUCCGCCUCAUCCGCCACCUCCCAGCGCCUGGGCAAGCGGAAGAGGGGAAGCGCCCUGGCCUCUCCUCCUUCGGGGAAGAAGAGCCGGAAGGAACGGGAGCAGGAGAACGAGAGGAAGGUGCAGGAGCUGACUGACCAGAACGAGCGCCUGAAGGCGGAGAUCGAGCGGCUAGGAGAAGAGGUGCAGCGGACACGCCGUGCACUCAUCGAAAGGCUCGUCAACACCAGGAAGUGACAGGCGGGAGGGCAGGGAUGAGGUGGAUGGACAGAAAGAUUGUAAAGAAGGAAGGAAUGAGUGGAAAAAAGUCCAGUAGUUCACAUGAAAUGCACAUUUAGAAAGAAGAAAGAGGAAAAAAGGCAUGUGGGCAUUGGGGAACAGAGGGAUUCACUUUGAGUCUCCCCUACGAACGGAUGAGAGAGAGAGAAAGAAAGAAAGAAAGAAAGAGAGAAAGAGUGAGAGACAGAGAGAGUGUAAGAAAGCAUGAUAAGGAAGUCAGAUCUAGCCAUAGAAAGAUAAUCGGACCCCAGAUCUGGAGUUAAUGCUGUUAGGAGAAGCCUCAAUAUCAGGCACCUUAUUUACAAUUUGAUACAUGGUUUGCUACACAGGUAUCUGACAGUGGGUUGAUGACCAUCUUCCUUUUAAACAUUGUAGCUGCAAUACGUUGCUUUUGAACACAUUGAGAAGAAUACUGUAAAAGCAAGCAAUAAGACAGAGACAGCCUAUAAGAUGGUAAUAAGACUCCUGGGGUGGGUGGAACCGGCAAGCACUCAGUAGUAAGCUAUCAGUUUUAGAAAGCUGUACUAUUGUUUGUCUGUUUACCCUUGAAAACGAUUUGCAGAAGUGUAAAAUGGUUCUAAGUAAGGAUUCCAGGUGCAUUUCAUUGUAAUCCAUUUACAGAUGCAGUUCAACAUCUUGUUUCAUCAUCAAUAAUUAAAGGGCUUAUAAACACAACAUUAAUAUUUUAAAGCCACGCCUAGUUCAGAGAUUAACAGCUCAGGAAUGUUUUUCAGAGCGAAUGCGUUAUGAGAUUGUUUGUUUGUUUAUUUUUAUUUUUCUGAAGCUCAGCUCAAGCCAAGGCCUCUAAGCGUGUAUGUAUGGAAAAAAGGUGAGAAAUGUGGUUGGAUGUAGCUCUUGUUUGGUUUUCAGUAAUUUUCUUAAUCUUUCUUCUUUUUUAAAAAUAGAAUUAGCUACAAUGUGCAGUUCACUCCAACCUACAUUUAUUUUUCUAUUAUCUGCCUAUUUAAAUCAUUUACCAUUAUAUAUAUACAAAUCAUAUUUCAUACUGUAGCACUAUAGUAAUGUGUAAUAAAUAAAAUAUGCAUGCAUGACAAUAUGGCUGUAUUUACAUAGUUAAACAACUGUUAGAAUUUCAUUUUGUAUUUACUUUAUGUAUUGGGCACAUUUACUAAUAAACUUUUGAACAAAAUAAA